AGCCACUGCUCCUGUCCAGCCCACAGAGGCUCGGAUGAGGAAGUAGCUACACUGAUACGUGCGCUGAGAAGGACAGCAACCAAACACAAGUUUCCCCCCCUGUCCCUGGAGUGCCAGCAGCCAUGAAGCUUCGACUGCACUUUGUGGUGGACCCCAUGGGCUGGCUGUGCAUCAGCAUGGUGUUUGGGAUCUGGCUCUACAACACUUUGUUCAUUCCUCAACUGGUUCUACAUCCACACUACAACGAGGGACACAUCCCCUGGGCUAUCGUCGUUUGUUAUUACAUCGCAUCGACCCUCUGCUUAGCGGCCCUAUUCAGAGCUUCCACAGCAGAUCCCGGCCGUCUUCCUGCGGACCCCCACAUACCUCACGCUGAGCGAGAGCACUGGGAGUUGUGCAAUAAGUGCAACCUGAUGAGACCCAAAAGGUCCCACCACUGCAGUCGUUGUGGCCAUUGUGUGCGAAGGAUGGACCAUCACUGUCCUUGGAUCAAUAACUGUGUGGGAGAAGACAACCACUGGCUCUUCCUGCAGCUCUGUUUCUACGCUCAGGUGCUCAGCUUGUUCACCUUGGUGCUGGACUUCUGCCAGUACUACUACUUUCAGCCGCUUUCAGGACAAGACCAGGGGAAGUUUACAACACGCCAUGAACUGGCUCUGCUGCGAGUCUCGACGCUCAUGGGUCUGGUCAUGUUUGGUGGCAUGACCAGCAUGUUUUACACUCAGUUGAACGGCAUCCUCUCUGAUACUACCACCAUCGAGAAAAUGGCUCAGUUCUCAAAUGAAAUAUAUGGCUCAAAGAAAUCUUGGCAGUGGGCGCUGGCUGAAGUUUGCGGCACUCGCUGGAAACUCCUGUGGCUCAUGCCGCUCCGAAGCAGAGAGCCGAUCCAAGCCAGCCACCACUUCCGCACCCACGUGUAGGCCGGGGGCGCAUCUGGGGGGGGGGACGCCGUCGUCCCGAUGAAGCACUCGACGCACAAGUUGGAAUCCAUCCGCUCGCCUUCUCCGACCUCUUUUGUGCUCCGAGAGCUGGGCAGCCGUCUUGGUCUCCGGAAAACUCUUUAUAAUGUUUUAGAUUUUUUUAAAUUAUUAUUAUUAUUUCUUUUGUUUUUGUGCCUUUUUCCUCCACAAGGCCCAGUAAACCGGGUCAAGAAACACCCAUGGGAGCGAUGGGGAAAAUGUUGCUUUUUUUACUCAGUGACUGAUACUUUAAGCAUUUUGAAACCACUUUUAAUGGCUAAUUGCAUCAGAAGGAUGGAAGUCUUUACCCGAAAGCAGCUGGCGAAAGGGACCCCUCUCAGGUUACUUUGACAAAGAGCCUUUACUACUGACCUGUAAUCAGCUGCAGGCCGAACCAGUGUGUCUAUUAGGAAGGCCGUUUUUUGUAUAAGGUUUGUGCCUUGUUUCUUUUACUGUAACUAUGUCAAGUUUUAUUUGUCAUGCAUGCGCAGAGUAUUUGUUUUUUUAAGACGUCUUACUGGCUGCUGAUCUCUUCUGAAGGGAUCUGCAUUCAUUUGGAUGAUUCCUGAAUGUUAUCUCGUAUUGUUCGACGGCCGUUUUAUCUCACGAAGUGACAUUUUUAUUAAGCGUGGCCACAGAACAAAGUUCACAUCACUCCAAUACUGAUAUUCUUCUACGACGCAUGAACAGCGAGCAGACGGUAACACUUCGCCGUGCUCAUAGUUUAACGGUAGUCACAACUUUUGUGCUGUCAAUCUUCGGAGGUACGUGGAGACAAACCUGCUGUAUAAUCAAGCCGUUUCUCUGAGGAUAAAAUGACAUUCCACGGCCAAUAACCUGGAGUGAAAUCCUCAUUGAGGGAGUUUGAGUGUCACAUACUGUCAAAGAUAUAUUAAUACAGCUUAAAUUACUCGGUUCACCUCAAAAGAACUUUUGGGGAGUCACACCCUGAUUGGCUUUCUCGCCAAGAGUCCGAUGAGAAAGUCGAUACUCUCCUUCCAGAAAGUGAUAUCGAGUUAAUCAUUCAACUCUCGGGCAAGAAAAGCAAACACCAGUAACUCCUUUUACACGGGCCCGUGUGGCUCGGUCCACCACAGCACUGACCAUGCAAUGGCACACCGUACUUCUGAACACGUUAAUUGUGCGAUAUAAUUUGUGAUUUUAGUGCUGCAGCUGUCAUAGUUACGUCCUAAAUGUGUCAGAACCAGUGGUUUUAUAAAUGCAUAUUUUAAUCGGUGAUGCAACCAGUCACAUAUUGGUGUGGUGACGCCCAGCGAGUCAACACGUGACACACCACUGAUGCUUUAUGAUGGUUUGCUGUAACGCUAUGCUGCUGUUUAGAGACUCUAUUGAAUUCUUCAAUGGGAUACUUAAGUAGAAGAGGAUUCAGUGCAUAAUAAUACUGGCAUAGCAUGGUUGUCAUCGUCUUUAAUACUUGGCAAUCGCAUAGAUACACCCGUACGUAAACACAGCUUGCCACAUGUGGGAAAUAUAACAAUAUCCAAGUAGUUUUAAGUGCCUUUUCUAGGUCUUCUUUUUACCCUCACGGUACGUCACCAUCAUGCCGGUCGCCAUAAAAGCCAAAGACCCGGGGAAAUGUCGGAAUAGUCAGCAGUGGAUGCAUGUUUCACCCAAUUUGGGAGGGUAGCAGAUUAAAUAUUAUGCACUUAUUGUCCCACGAGCACACGGUCUGUGGCACUUGAAGGAACGCCUCCACUUACAGUUGUUGUGUUUUGUGUGUAACUUCUGUUUUACUCGUAUCUGAAAUUGGAUGGUUUGCAUUUGCAUUUGCAUGAGUGUGUGCUGAUGACUUUGGCUCAGUGGUUUUUUAUAACAGAUUCAGGUUCUUGGGUGUUUGUGUGGUUGGUUUGUUUGUUGUUUGUUUGUUUGGGAUAAUGGGUGGGCAACGGGCUUGUGACUGGCAUACUGACAGUUUCCAUCCAGUUUCUUUUUUACGACUACAUUUUUUGAAAGCAAUAAGCAUCGUGUAUACGUAAAGCCAUCUGUGUUGUUCCAGCAUUAGUGAACAUAUGUGAUUGUUGUGAAGUAUUUGAACCGGCUAGAGUUUCCCUCAGCUCCCCAGGGAGUAGCAGAUUUAAACAUGUCGGUACUUCAAAUUAACACUACUGUCGCUGCUGUGUAUAGUUGUACAUGAUAUCCUCCUAAUUCACCUGAGGUUAGAAAUAGAGAAACACACUUGAUUGGAUUGGAAUCGAGAGCUGCAGGAGAGCUUCAGAGGGGCUGUGCACGGCUCACUGUCUUCCUCUCUCAGCUGUUCGCGGGCGUCCCUCAGGGCUCUCAGCCUGGAUCUGUGGACUUUAUUUUUUAUUUUUGUUCAGACCUCAAACACUGGAGCGGUUACGUUUCGUGAAUUAAAUGAAUACGCCAUACAUAUUGUUAUCCAUUUCUUUAUGUGUAGAAAGCAUAUGAAAUGAAAUAUAAGGAAUGGAUUCAUUGUGAUUAUAUAAAAUAUAUCGGUAUUCAUAUUCUAAUAAAUUGAGUUCUGGAUAAGUUUGAA